AUGUCUGUCAUCCUCCGGCCUCUGACUUGGUUCUAUCAUGAAUUCGGAAUCGUGGCCAUCCAUGAGACUGGGAGAAAUGCGUGGCUCAUCAUCCUGGCACGGUCGUGCCGGAUGUUUGCCUAUGGGACCAAUUCGUUGAUACUGGCAAUCUUCUUCUCGGCCUUGAACUAUUCCGACCACCAGAUCGGCAUCUUCAUGACCCUCACGUUACUCGGCGAUGUCUUCCUGGGCACCUUUUUGACCCUGAUUGCCGACCGGGUGGGUCGUCGGCGCGUGUUGAUGGCCGGGUCAGUCCUGAUGAUCCUGAGCGGGUUUGUGUUUGCCGUCUUUGAGAACUUUUGGGUCCUGCUGGGCGCGGCUAUCUUGGGGGUGAUAAGUGUCACGGGAGGGGACUUUGGUCCGUUUAGGAGUGUGGAGGAGUCUGUUCUCUCACAGCUAACAACACCUUCAAACCGAGCGGAUGUUCUAGCUUGGUACGUCACGACAUCAACGCUGGGCUCGAGUAUCGGCAGCGAAGCUUCAGGGAGGAUCAUUCACUUCCUCCAAGCUCGCCCGGGAUGGACAGAGGUCGACGCCUACCACGCGCUGUUUUGGAUCUACUCAGCCAUGGGCAUCGUCAACGUUUUGUUUGUGUUUUUGUUGACCGAGGCCUGCGAGUUGAGACCGGAUAGCAAAGGGGGGCACGAGGUGUACGCGAGCGUUCCGCAGGACGACAGGGAUGAAGACGGCGAGGAGGAGGCUGUCGCGAACGGUACCGCCGCAAACGACAUCGAAGCAACAGCACCGACCACGCCGACCACACCAGCAUCAUCACAACCUCACUCCCACUCCCACCCGCAUCAUCCUCACCACCACCAGACACCACCGUCCUCCAAGCGGUGGACAUCACGCACCCGAUCCUGGUUCUCUCGCUUGUUCGCCCAGAUCUCCACCCCGACACGCUCCAUCAUGUACAAGCUUUGGUUCCUUCUAGCGAUCGACUCGCUCGCCGACGGGAUGGUCCCCUACUCCCUGACAAACUACUACAUGGACAUCAAAUUCCACCCCUCCAAAUCCACGCUAGGCGACGUAACCUCGCUAUCAUACUUCCUGGGCGCCAUCGGAGCCGUCUUCGCCGGGCCUUUGGCACGUAAGAUCGGCCUGAUCAACACCAUGGUAUUCACGCACGUCCCCUCCUCAGCAGCAGUGUUAUUCUUCCCCUUCCCACCCUACCUAUGGCUUACCGCGGGAUUACUGCUCCUGCGCACCGCUCUCAACAACAUGGACCAAGCCCCGCGCUCGGCCUUCAUCGCCGCCGUCGUGCGACCCGAAGAACGCACCGCCGUCAUGGGCAUCACGUCCAUGCUGCGCAAUCUGGCCGCCAUGACGGGACCCAGCGUCACUGGUGUGUUGGCCGAAGGGGACCGGUUUGGAGUCGCAUUCGUCGCCGCCGGGGUGUGUCGCCUCGUGUAUGACUUUGGGUUGUACGCCUUGUUCGUGAACGUCAAGUUGGAGGGGUAUGAGAAGAACAACAACCACAAAAACAAGAGCGCCGGGGCGCGGGAUGACCCCGGGGAGGAGGACGAAGAGGGCGAGGUGGUGGAACGGGAUAGAGUCCGCGGGUGGACUAACGGGGUGAUUUCCCUGGGCGGCCAGGGCGCUGGGCCCGAGGAAGUCGUCGAGCUCGCGAGUCUCGCGGAUUCCUCCCCCUCCUCCUCCUCGUCGGACGCAGCGAAUAACACGCGAAACCACGAUGCCGCCAAAGAAGCGGCCUCGACGACGACCACGGCGACCACGGACCCAGCGCCGGCAGCACACGCGCACAGUGAUCUCCUGCACGUCCCCCCGCCCCCCGCAUCCUCAGACGCACUGGACCGCGUGCGCAGUCGGAGUCCGCACCGCUCGACGGCCCUCGACUGA